GUUAAUAUGCCUAUGAAACGCUAAGUGAACCCAAGUUGACGUUGAGCAAACACCGAAAUGCAGCCGAUUUUUCAUUUAAUUAUAGGUGAACCGUCAACAGUUAUGGCGUAUGGUAGAUGGAGCAAAAAAUGUCAUUCGCUGUAAUGUUGCGCAAUGGGUUGUAAAUAGAAAUAAAUUUUCAGAGGAUUUCAGAGCUAUGAAUUGAAAUAAUCAUUUUGCGGUGGCAGAUCAAUAAUUUACGACAAUGAACUUUUUUAUAAAAGAAUGUAAAAACUACCUCUCAGUGAGUGCUCAAUAGACUUUCGCUUUCCUGCUGUCACUCACGGUGCAAAAAUAGGCUGUUGCAGCCGGGAGUAGAGAAUUCCGAGUGGGCGGUUAUUAACCGCGUGUGACAGCAGACGAGGGGAGAAGUUGUUUUGUUGUUGGAGCUAAUAACAGCGAGUUGUUCUGUAUGAAGGUUAAUGUGAGGGUGAGCAGCUGGCGAUUAGAUUCCAGAUUGUAGAUGCUGCUCGCGCUCACUUCUAACCGACUAUAGCAACGGCUAGCGCUCGCGGGCAUGACGCAGUCAACCGAUGGCAAGGCCCUGGUGUUGGGCUUGUUAGCGGGGGUGGGAAUCGGAGUGGCCGGCCUCACGCUGGCGGUCUCCUGGUACCGAAGGACCAAAGAGAACGAAGGCAGCAUCACCGCAGUGAGGAGUCGGGCCGAGUUUCGCAACCGUUUAAAAGCCUCCGGUCCCAGGCCGCCCUCCCCGCGUCAGGCCGACAUCUUGGAGACGCUUAGCGGGCUGAUCCGUAGCCUGGAGGAGGUGAAGGGCGAGGUGCAAAGCCUGAAGGAGGCCGUGCCUCGCCUGGAGGAACAAGUGCGGAAAGAACUUAGUCAGUUCGGGCCGGAGCGGAGUCCGAGAAAGGCGGCCAGGAAGAGAAAGAGAAGCGAACGAGUCCUGGAGGAUGGAGAUGCAGAUGCAGAUGCAGAUGCAGAUGCUGCAGCUGUUCGUUUUGCUUCUCUCAGCUCCGAGGAGGUGGAGAGUGAAGGGGGCUAUAUCACAGCACAUACGGAUACAGAAGAAGAAUCUGAAGAAGAAAAGGUGAUAUGUUCGAUAGUAAACACUACAUCGGGAUCUUCACUACAAGAAGGCAGCCAGACCAGGGAAUUCGAUAUCCUCAUCCAGAAAGCAGAUAAUCUACAUGAGAAUCCAGAAUUGGAUAAGGAGGAAGGAUUCCAAUUAUUGUUAGAAAGAAAAGACCAGUUUUGGGACCAAGUGGAAUUUCUAUGGCGAUUAGCACGGGCAUAUGCUGACAUGCAUGACAUAGCAGUGGAUAUAGAAGACAAGAAAAACUAUGCAGUAAUUGGUAAGGAGAUAGCUAUGGAUGCAGUUAAACUGGGUCCCCAGAGUGCUGAUAGCCACAUGUGGCUUGCAAUUGUUUGUGGGCAUCUUUCUGAAUAUGGAAGUGUACAGUCCAAAAUCAAAAAUGGCUCUCUUUUCAAAGACCACAUAGACAAAGCAAUUGAGUUGAGACCACAGGAUCCUAAGCUGUAUCAUCUACUAGGAAGAUGGUGCUAUGCAGCCUCGAAGCUGUCAUGGCUUGAAAGAAAGGUGGCUGCAACAUUGUUUAACGAACCACCAAAUUCAACCAUACAGGAUGCUUUGCAAUAUUUCCUCAAGGUGGAAGAACUACAUCCAAGGUAUUCCAAAACUAAUUGUGUAUAUAUAACAAAGUGUUACAGAGAACUUGGCCAGACCAACAAUGCAGAAAUGUGGUGUGACAUGGCAGCAUCCUUUCCCUCCAGUGCAAAGGCAAGGAUUAAGAGGGAAAGUGAGAAGCGGUUACAAAGACAGAUGGUGAUGGAGUAAGGAAGUUUUUGGUUAUCAUUGCAUUCUAGAAUUAUCCUGGAAAAGUGAAGAGUUUUGGAAGAGAACAGGACAUGAUAUAGACUUGAACGGUUGUUGUAAAGUGGAUUUUCUACCUCAAUCAAGUGGCAAUGAAAAAGACAACAGAUCUCACUGCCCUUAGAUUAGAAAGCACAAGUUUGCUUACAUUCUGCUUCCCCUCAAAAUCAUGGGCUUUCACCAAGCGGCUAUUGGUGGUUCAAGUCCAUCACUAACGCCAAUGGUAACAGGUAUUUAUUCUCAUCUGACUGGAUUUGGACUAUGUGUGGGUGUACAGUGAGAGAGGUUAACAUGAAGUACGUGAUGACACUGCCUGAAAUUAUGAAACAGCCUAUGAUAUUUUUGCACAAUGUUUUAACAGUUCACUGUGAUAUCUUGGAUUUGCAGAAUUAAUUUUUAGAGAUUAACCCAUGUCUGUAUUAAGACAACAUUUAUUAGAUGACUGAGGAUCCUUUUGCUUUUCAGUGCAUAAAUAACCAUUCUAAAAGUAUGUGGUAAUAUUUCUAUGUCAGAUUGAAAGAGCCAACUCAUACUUCCUGUUUUGUGGUAUUGAAAAAAACCAAAUACUAGAAAGAGAUAGCACAAAUGUUAUUACUGUGACCAUCUGGAGAAUAAUUGAAAAAUGAUUAUCACUGUUAGAAAUGUAGAUUUCUGACCAUUAUACCUGAGAGAGUCCAUUUGGUCAAUCUUGGUUAAUUCAUCCAGGAAAAAAAAACUUUUGUCAUUCUCUUGCCAUGAUAUGUUGAAUUUGGAUAGUCUUUGGUUUUUCUGCAACCUAAUUGAAAAGGCAAACUGAUAAUGAUUCUUUCAGACUUCAUUUUCUUUUCACUAGCUAUAACUUGUGUUCCACUUAUUCUGUUUUUGUUGGUAGUAGUUGAAGUAAUAUUCAAAUCUAACCAAAUCUCUGCUAUUUAAUAGCUUGUAAACUUCUGUAUGUUGCUGUCUAGUAUAGUAUUUCCACAUAACUCAAUUACUUGAUACUAGGGAUUAAUUUCAAUGUUAUUUCCUGCAUUGUCUUCAUUACCUCAAUUUUCAUUAAUAACUUGUUGACUAAAACUGAAUGCAAUGUUGAAGAUGCUGUCUGAUCAGAACACUGUUUGAACUUGGCAUCUUCUGACUGAUCUACAGACCAAGAAAUAUGAUUAACCACUGAACAUUUUUUACUUCAUAGGUUCAGGAUGAAAUUAAAUCCUUUUCCACUUUGCCUUUAGCUAUUUAUAGAUAAUAAUGACCAAUAAAAAUUUCAUAUGAAUUGUUCAUGAAAAUUGACUUCUUAUCCCUCCAUGGUCUUUGGUAUCUUGGCAGUGUUCUUGAGGCUUGGUUGCUGACAUACAAUCCUUUAAUUCCUCUGACUCUGACUUGCUUUUCCGCUUUACCUUAUUUGUUAUUUCAACCACAAAUUUCCUGUCUCUGCAAAUCCUCUAGAUUUUUCUGCAUGCUUCCCAUCUCAGUGAUCAGCCCACUUCUCUACUUGUUCACUUUUUCCACCUUAGCAAAUGUUCACUGCUUUCUAUCAAUAUGAAGUACUUGGAAAUAAAACAUUUUCUUAUAUAGCUAGGUUUAUAAUAUCUGGAAAAUGUGAGCAAGAUAAUAAAUCCAUAACACCUGCAAAGCAAACUUUCACUAAAAUGUAAGACCUCUUUAAGAAUAAGACAACCUCUAUGGAAAGCAGAAUGAGAUUGUUGACCAGGUGUAACACUUUAACAUUAUAAAGUUGGUGAAGUUUGACUGGCAGCAAGAGAAUGGGAGAUAAAUAGAAGGCAAAGAUUUUGUUUCUGAGAUGUAUGCAGAGGAUUAGUUGGACAAUACACGCAACUAAUAAGGGUGUUUUAAGAAAAGCAGACACACAAGAACAUUUACAAAUGAUCACCAAGAAACAACUGUAAUUCCUUGUCCAUGUGCUUGAGAGAAAAACUAGAAUAUCUGAUAGUGACUGGUAAAAUUGAGGACGGCAGAACAAGAAGGAAACAAUGCAGACUGACUGCUUAAUAAACAGUACAAGUACAAAACUUGAGAACACCACUAAGAUAUUAGUUAUUAUUUAAAGACCACGAACCAUGUUCACUAAUGUUGCAAAACGUGACAACUGAAGAAGAAGCACCUACAAACUUCUUUUCGUGCGUGAGCGUGAUAAAAGUAAUAUUGAUACAUAGGAAUAUGCCAAUUUAUAAUGAGAACGUUUGGUCUUUCUAUUCAAUUUUGGGAUGUGAGCGUCACUGGUUGGGCCAGUAUUUAUUACAUGACUUGGUUGCUUUUGAGAAGGUGCUGGUGAGCUGCCAUCUUGUACCGUUGCAGCCCAUGUGCUGAAGGUAGACCCACAAUGCCAUUAAGGAGGAAAUUCCAGGAUUUUGACCCAACAACACUGAAGUAUUGAUUAAAUUUUCUUAUGUGUACUGUCCUCUCCUCUCUACAGGAACAAGAAACUCAGGAAGAAUUAGAAAACCUGCUGUCUCUUCUCAAGCAAUAAACUUCAUUUCUUUACUUCCAGUUAUGAAACAUUUGAAUGGUCUAAUGAUUGAAAUUGGGGAAAGGAAUGGGUUACAUUGAGAACCAAAGAUCAUUUCUUUGGAAUUUGCUGAAAGUUUGCUUCAAUAGGUGUAUUUAUUGAUUCAGCUUGAGUUCAGAGAUUCUGAAAUUAAUCUAAUUUAGAUUGACUUUGAAAAUAUCAAUGGAACUGAAUGUAUUUUUCUGAAAAAUUAUGAUGGGCUAUAUCAGAAAAUAUGGCUUAAGUAGAUUUGUGAUCUCCAUAAUGACUAUAAAAUCCAUGAAAAUGGCUAUUUUUAGUAGUGUACAGAAGGCACUACAAGUGUCUUUUGUCAAGAAAAGUUCCAAAGACAGUAAUAAUGAUUUGAAACUGACAUUCUUUUCUUGUUUUAAACAUUUGAUGUAAAGAAAGGCAUAACUAUCAUCACAUAUAAGGAUUUUCAAAUGAAUUAUAUUUAGACAUGCUGUAUUUAAAAAAAAUGACUAAUCGGUUUUUCCAAAGAUUAAUAAAGUAUAAAAUCGA